AUGGCCAUCUCCUCCACACCAGCCCCAACCAAAGUCCCCUCCCCGAACAAACUCGCCCACGUCGUCCUCCGCACCAAAGACAUGCCCGCCAUGACCAAAUGGUACUGCGACUUCCUCGGCGGCCGCAUCGUCCAUGCAAACCCAGCAAUCGCCUUCAUCACCUACGACGACGAGCACCACCGCAUGGCAUUCGUCAACAUCCCUGGCCUGCAGGACAAGGUCCGCCACUCCAACGGGCUGGAGCAUAUUUCGUUCACGUGGGACUCCCUGACGGACUUGGUUACUGCUUAUAAGGUUCGGAAGGUUGAGCAGGGGAUUGAGCCGGUGUGGUGUGUCAAUCAUGGGCUUACGACCAGCUUGUACUAUAAGGACCCAGAUGGGAAUUUGCUGGGGCUGACGGUUGCGGUGUGGACAGAGACGCAAGUCGAUAACCUCAACAACGAAGAAAGCGACGCACUGAUCAACUCGGAAGACUUCGCCAAGAACCCGGUCGGUAUAGAUUUCGAUCCCGAGGAGCUGUAUGAGCAGGUGCAGAGGGAUGGCGAGGAGGCUGUCAUGGAGAGGCUACGGGUUCGAAAAGACAUUGGACCACGCGGGAUUGAGUCUAUUCCUGCGGCGUACAUGACAUAG